AAACAGCUUUGAAGAUUUACUUUGUGCACGGCUGUAGGUGGGUAUGUGGCUCAAAUGGGACAAAACCCACACGGAAUUAACCAAGCUUUCUCAUUGAGAGUGAUCGUGUAGGCAAAACCUGUAUGCUAGUUCCUCAGACGACACCGUGGCAGCUUCAUGUUGGACAGACUAUCUGAGAGAAUCUCAGCUGCAUCCUGGAACCAAGUGGUGUAAAUGAAAGAUGAGUGAUUUUGAAGAAUGGAUUUCUGGGAAAUAUAGGAAAAUGGAAGAAGGUCCUCUCCCUCUGUUGACUUUUGCUACAGCUCCUUACCAUGACCAGAAACCAGGAACAAGUGGAUUACGGAAGAAAACUUACUAUUUUGAAGCAAAGCCAUGUUAUCUGGAGAAUUUCAUCCAGAGUCUGUUCUUUUCCAUAGACCUAAAAGAUCGCCAGGGAUCAUCAAUGGUGGUCGGUGGAGAUGGGCGGUAUUUUAAUAAAUCAGCAAUAGAAACAAUAGUGCAGAUGGCAGCUGCCAAUGGGAUUGGUCGCUUGGUUAUUGGACAGAAUGGAAUUCUCUCCACUCCUGCUGUAUCUUGCAUCAUUAGGAAAAUUAAAGCCAUUGGUGGGAUCAUCCUAACAGCCAGUCACAACCCAGGAGGACCUAAUGGAGAUUUUGGAAUCAAGUUCAAUAUUUCUAAUGGAGGUCCUGCUCCAGAAGCAAUCACUGACAAAAUUUUCCAAAUCAGCAAGACUAUUGAGGAAUAUGCAAUUUGCCCUGACCUGAAUAUAGACCUCGGUGUUUUGGGAAAGCAGCAGUUUGACUUGGAAAACAAGUUCAAGCCCUUCACAGUGGAAAUUGUGGAUUCAGUGGAAGCUUAUGCCACGAUGCUAAGAAACAUCUUUGAUUUCAAUGCACUGAAAGAGCUACUUUCUGGUCCAAACCGACUGAAGAUUCGUAUAGACGCCAUGCAUGGAGUCGUUGGGCCAUAUGUAAAGAAGAUCCUCUGCGAAGAACUCGGAGCCCCUGCAAACUCAGCUGUUAACUGUGUUCCCCUGGAGGACUUUGGGGGUCACCACCCUGACCCCAACCUCACUUAUGCAGCUGACCUGGUGGAGACCAUGAAGUCAGGAGAACAUGAUUUUGGGGCCGCCUUCGAUGGAGAUGGGGAUCGGAACAUGAUUUUGGGCAAGCAUGGCUUCUUUGUGAACCCUUCAGACUCUGUGGCCGUCAUUGCCGCCAACAUCUUCAGCAUUCCAUAUUUCCAGCAGACUGGGGUCCGAGGCUUUGCACGCAGCAUGCCCACAAGUGGUGCCCUAGAUCGGGUGGCUAAUGCUACAAAGAUCGCUUUGUAUGAGACUCCAACUGGCUGGAAGUUUUUUGGGAAUUUGAUGGAUGCAAGCAAACUGUCCCUUUGUGGAGAGGAGAGCUUCGGGACUGGUUCUGACCACAUCCGUGAGAAAGAUGGGCUGUGGGCUGUCCUUGCCUGGCUGUCCAUUCUAGCCACCCGCAAGCAGAGUGUGGAGGACAUUCUCAAAGACCAUUGGCAGAAGUUUGGCCGGAACUUCUUCACCAGGUAUGAUUACGAGGAGGUCGAAGCGGAGGGCGCAAACAAGAUGAUGAAGGACCUGGAGGCCCUGAUGUUGGACCGCUCCUUUGUGGGGAAGCAGUUCUCUGCAAAUGACAAAGUCUACACUGUGGAGAAAGCGGAUAACUUUGAAUACAAUGACCCAGUGGAUGGAAGUGUUUCAAAACAUCAGGGCUUGCGGCUCAUUUUUGCAGAUGGCUCUCGAAUCAUCUUCCGUCUGAGCGGUACUGGGAGUGCUGGAGCCACCAUUCGACUGUACAUCGAUAGCUACGAAAAGGACGCUGCCAAGAUCAACCAGGACCCCCAGGUCAUGUUGGCCCCCCUCAUUGCCAUUGCUCUGAAGGUCUCUCAGCUCCAGGAGAGGACGGGACGCACCGCGCCCACCGUCAUCACCUAAGAAAACCGCCCCUGGGGUAUGUCCCUCCACCUGCAGCCCAGCCACGCCAUCUGAUUGAGGAGCAUGGACAGACACAAAAAUGCAUUUGCCCGGGCUUUUUUAGGAUUUGAUUUGUCCACUUCCUAGUUGUUGACAAACGGUGCAUUCAUAAGACACUGCCAGUGGGAUACCCUUGGGAGCUGUGAGGGUGGGCAAUUUUAAUGUCCACUCCUCCUCAUGCCCUUCUGCACUGCCGCUGUGUGGGUGUUUGUCUCCUUAGCACCAGGCACUGUUUACACCGUAGCGGAAGCUGAGGCUGAGUGCCAGCCCUCCAGGCCAUCUUUCAUCCCUAGGAUGCACCCAUGAAAUGACAGCAAAUGUUCCUCUCCCUCCCCCAGUUUACUGUUUACAUGUAAGUCAACAAAGUGCAAAUUCUGGUGCCUUCUCUCCAAUUGGUUUUCUUCUGAGUGAGACGUACUUGUCUGUGGAUUUCUGCCUCGAUUUGCAAUGUAGUUCCAUUUGCACACAUCUUUGGGGAUAUUAAAGCAGA